CAACAGCACAAAGCAGAAGACAAUCAGGAUUAUCACUCUUCAUUCUCCUCCAGCCUUCAUUCGAUUGCAUUCCUCUUAAAGCAAAACAAAACAUCAGCCAUCGACUCAACCCGUCAAAGCAAAAUGGUCAAGAUCGCAAUUAUCGGUAGUUCCGGGGGCGUCGCAAAGGAAGUAAUCGACGUCCUUCUCGCAACCAAAAAACACGAACUCCUCCUCCUCACCCGCCAGGACACCCCAACCACGGCACCCACCCCCGGCACAACCAAGAUCCAAGCCGACUACACCUCCGUCCCCAGACUAACCCAGAUCCUGACGGGCGUGCACACCAUCCUAUCAUUCAUAGCCGUAACCAACGACCCCGAAAGCACGAUCCAGAAGAACCUGAUCGACGCGGCCAUCGCAGCGGGCGUGAAGCGGUUUGCGCCGAGUGAAUGGGCGUCAGCCGGACUAGAGCAGAUGCCCUGGUACGCCUACAAGGCGGAAACGCGACGGUAUCUGGCCGAGGUGAAUAGGGAGAAGAAGAUCCUCGAAUACACCCUCUUCCAACCGGGUCUGUUCCUAAACGCAUGGACCCAUCCCUACCAAUCGGCCAAACACGUGCCAAGCAUCGAAUUCCCCAUCGACUUCCUCAACCGCCGCGCAAUCCUCAUCGAAGGCAGCGAAGAUCACCGAUUCACCAUCACCACGGUACAGGAUAUCGCCCAUGUGGUCGCCAGAGCUAUCGAUUUCGAGGGCGAGUGGCCCGUCGUCGGUGGGAUCAGGGGGAGGACUAUCUCGAUCGAAGAGACGAUUGCCCUUGGCGAGAGGAUUCGGGCACCAGACGCCCCCUUCGCCAUCGAAACCCUCAGCCCCUCAGACCUCAAAGCGGGCAAGAUAACCACCUCGUGGGCCCCGCGGUUCGAACACCCUUCCAUCCCGCCGGAGCAGGUCGAGGUCUUCUCGGCGAUCAUCCUGGCGGGGGUUCUGUCUGCUAUUUCGGCGGGCGAUUAUGAGUCGUCCGAUGAGUGGAAUCGGCUGUUGCCGGAUUAUGAGUUUACGCAGCCGGAGGAGUUUCUGGCUGAGGCGUGGAGGGGGAAGCCGUAGUUGGUUUAUGCUGUGUUGUCUGGUUUCUGGGGUGAGGGGGGGAAUUUGAUGGUGGACGGUACUUUAAGAUGCUGUGUAUUCUGUAUUCUGUAUUCUGUAUUGUGUAUUGUGUGCUCCGUUCUGUUGAUAUCUGCACGACAGCUACCUACAGUAAGUAAGUAGUCAGUCGCUGAACGGUGC